CUCUUCGAUUCUUCAAUUCUUAUCUGGCUCCAACACCGCCACUGGGACCCAAAAGAACGAAAGCACCCUCUCCCCCAAGUCUGUACAAGUCUAUUGAUCGCGCGUCUGUCAUCGUAGACAGUGGUCUGUUCCAGUCAAACCACUCCUAGCGCCCGCACCCCUAUACGCCUACAAGAUUUCUUCCUCCUCCCACUGCAAACUCCCCUUUCCGAACCGUCGCGAUGGACGCUACCAUACCCAUCACCACGCAAGGCCUCAUCGACCCAGAUGACCUCCUGCACUCGCAGCUCUUCCCGCUUAUCGGGGUGGUUCUAGCCAACAUCAUGGCCCUCUCCACCCUUCCCACCUUCAUCCCCGUUUUUACCGAGCGCAAGAUUGGACCUACAGAUCCUACUCCCGUGGUGAUCAUGUUCUCCAGCGCAUGUCACACGUUCGCUUAUGCGCUGGCCAUGGGCAAUCCGUACCUUUACACAUCCAAUGGGCCCGCUACGCUUGUGCAAGGCUUCUGCAUGCUGGCUCUCUUCCGAGCAAAGGAUUUCGAAGAUGUCGCGUCGGUCAACAAGGCUAUGGCUAUCAUUGGAGUUGGCAUUUCUUGGCUUGUGGUUAACUUGGGCUUGUGGAUGGUGUGGAAGGUGGACUGGGCCAUCUGGUGGAUGGGAAUCACCUUCAACCUCUAUCAGUACUGCUUCUUCCUCUUCCCGCUGCUGCAGCUGAUCAGAGUUGUGAAGACUCGCUCCGCCAUUUCCUUGGUGCCGACUCUGAUCCUCGCAGUCACGGUCAAUGGGUCCAUCUGGUCCAUCUACGGCAUUGCCCUCGGCGACAAGUUCGUUGCGGGACCCAACAUCAUUGCCACUCUGGUAGGAGCUCUGCAAAUCAUCGCCUGGGUCAUGUUCGGAAGAGGCGCAGAGAAGCCUGGUGGAGGCUACGAGCCCGUGGGACAGGAUGAGGAGGCCGAUGGAGAGGGCGAUGGGGACGCCAGGCGGUCAGACUGAGAAGCUCUCGAAGUGCCUCCAAAAGGUCAGUCGCAUCAACACUACCUCUGUGCAUCCUCUUCGCCUGUUCUUCAAGUCUCAGUUCUCGUUCAUUGCCUCCUUGCUCUCUCUUGGUCACUCUCACUGCAUUGUAGAAUUUCCCAUGCUCAAUAACGAACGCUUUCAGGAUGCCAAUGACUAUGUUUUCUGUAUCAAUUGCCUCUUGCGAUAUCACAGUUGCUACUUGUCCUUCCGACGUCCUUCUGACC